AUGAGCGCGGCCGAGCAGGCCCGGCCCGCGGGGGACGGGCCCGUGCCGCCCGCGGGGGAGGAGGGCGAGGCGGGCGGGAAGGAGCCGGCGGCCCCGGGGCCCAGCGCUGCGUUCCGGCUCCUGGUGACUCGGCGGGAACCGGCCGUGAAGCUGCAGUACGCGGUGAGCGGCCUGGAGCCGCUGGCCUGGUCCGAGGACCACCGCGUGUCGGUGUCCACCGCCCGCAGCAUCGCCGUGCUGGAGCUCAUCUGCGACGUGCACAACCCGGGCCAGGACCUGGUGAUCCACCGCACCUCGGUGCCUGCCCCCCUCAGCAGCUGUCUGCUCAAGGUGGGCCCCAAAGCAGAGGUUGCCGAGUGCAAGGAGCAGUUUGCCACCUCUAAAGAUCCCACUGUCAGUCAGACCUUCAUGCUGGACAGAGUGUUCAACCCUGAGGGCAAGGCCCUGCCGCCCAUGCGAGGCUUCAAAUACACCAGCUGGUCCCCCAUGGGCUGCGAUGCCAAUGGCAGGUGCCUCUUGGCAGCACUGACCAUGGACAAUCGCCUGACCAUCCAGGCUAACCUCAACAGACUCCAGUGGGCGCAGCUGGCCGACCUGACGGAGAUUUAUGGAGAGCGACUCUAUGAGACCAGCUACCGGCUCUCCAAGAACGACCCCGCCCACGGGAGCCUGGGUGAUUUCGCCGAGUUCCAGAGGAGACACAGCAUGCAGACUCCGGUGAGGAUGGAGUGGUCGGGCAUCUGCACCACCCAGCAGGUCAAGCACAACAACGAGUGCCGAGACGUGGGCAGCGUGCUCCUGGCCGUCCUCUUUGAAAACGGCAACAUUGCCGUGUGGCAGUUUCAGCUGCCCUUUGUCGGGAAGGAGUCCAUCUCAUCGUGUAACACCAUCGAGUCCGGCAUCAACUCUCCCAGCGUUUUGUUUUGGUGGGAAUAUGAGCACAACAAUCGCAAAAUGAGUGGCCUUAUCGUGGGCAGUGCUUUCGGACCUGUGAAGAUCCUCCCCGUCAACCUGAAAGCAGUCAAAGGCUACUUCACGCUAAGGCAGCCCGUGGUCUUGUGGAAGGAGACGGACCAGCUGCCUGUGCACAGCAUCAAGUGUGUGCCGCUCUACCACCCUUACCAGAAGUGUAGCUGCAGCUUGGUCGUGGCCGCCAGGGGCUCCUACGUGUUCUGGUGUCUCCUGCUCAUCUCCAAGGCAGGUCUCAACGUGCACAACUCGCACGUCACAGGCCUGCACUCGCUGCCCAUCGUGUCCAUGGCGGCCGACAGGCAGAACGGUACCGUGUACACCUGCUCGAGUGACGGGAAGGUGCGCCAGCUGAUCCCCAUCUUCACGGACGUGGCGCUGAAGUUCGAACACCAGCUCAUCAAGCUCUCCGACGUGUUUGGCUCGGUGAGGACUCACGGGAUCGCGGUGAGCCCCUGCGGCGCGUACCUGGCCAUCAUUACGACGGAGGGCAUGGUCAACGGGCUCCACCCUGUGAACAAGAACUACCAGGUCCAGUUCGUCGCUCUCAAGACCUUCGAAGAGGCAGCGGCUCAGCUCCUGGAGUCUUCGGUUCAGAAUCUCUUCAAGCAGGUGGAUUUAAUUGACCUCGUGCGCUGGAAGAUCUUAAAAGACAAGCAUAUCCCUCCGUUCCUGCAGGAGGCUUUGGAAAAAAAGAUUGAAAGCAGUGGGGUCACCUACUUCUGGCGCUUCAAGCUUUUCCUCCUGAGGAUUUUGUAUCAGUCAAUGCAGAAAACACCUUCGGAAGCGUUAUGGAAACCCACCCAUGAGGACUCAAAAAUCCUGCUGGUUGACUCCCCUGCCGAGGAGGAGCAGCAGGAAGAAGGCGCUUCUUCCAAGCAGGCGCUCAGGCUGGGCCUGCAGGAGCGAAGCCGAGAAGGUGACGCCGAGGAGGCUGCCGACGACUCGCUCCUCCCCGCUGGGGAGGUUGGAGGCCGUGAGCCCAUGGAAGAGAAACUUCUGGAAAUCCAAGGGAAAAUCGAAGCUGUGGAGAUGCACCUGACCCGGGAGCACAUGAAGCGGGUCCUGGGGGAGGUGUACCUGCACACCUGGAUCACGGAGAACACCAGCAUCCCCACGCGGGGCCUCUGCAACUUCCUCAUGUCCGCCGAGGAGUGCGACGACAGGACGGCCCGGGUCCUGAUCGGACACAUCUCCAAGAAGAUGAACAAGCAGACCUUCCCUGAGCACUGCAGCCUGUGCAAGGAGAUCCUGCCGUUCACAGACCGCAAGCAGGCCGUCUGCUCCAACGGCCACAUCUGGCUGCGGUGCUUCCUAACCUACCAGUCCUGCCAGAGUCUGAUCUACCGAAGGUGUUUGCUUCACGACAGCAUUGCCCGGCACCCAGCUCCAGAAGAUCCUGACUGGAUCAAGAGGCUGCUGCAGAGCCCCUGCCCCUUCUGUGACUCGCCUGUCUUCUGAGCGCCCACGCUGGGCGGGUGCGAUAGAAGAUGCCCUCUACCCGGGCUGCCUGGUCCUGACGCAGACAGGGCGCCGCUCGAUGGACGGGAUCGCCGGAAGCUUGUUUGUGCACGCGCGCUUCCUCCCCGGGGCUCACGCCGUCGUCCGCAGCGACUGCGUGCAGAGGGCGCUGGCCGUGCAGGGCUGAGCCUCAGCCCUCAGCUCCGGGCCUGGGGAACACGAGGCUUCCGGUGUCUGGACUGAAGCACUUGGAACAAAAUGAGUGGCCUGUUAUUUCUAGGCACAGAAUAAUCAGUGCUGGAGAGUUGGGAAGAGUCUUGCUGAGCCUGGACAUGCAUUGCAGCUCUGGAGAGCAUGUGAGCGCCACAUGCCAGCGGGCGUUGCAGUGUCUCGUGCAGACUGCCGUCCUGCUCCGACGAGCGGCUCUCACCUCCUGUGCUUUAUGCCCGUGGGGAACAUUUUCUAGAAAUUCUUAUUUUUGCGCAGUUGCAGCCAAGACUGUAGUUGAUCCAGUGUGUCCGUGGUCAGGGGCAGUUUUAAGUUAAACGAUUGUGACUCGUUCAUUCCCUGUCGUCAGAUUGCCUGGCCCGGCUGCUUCCUGCAUGUACGGAUGUCAAGUACUCGAGUCUGCCCACGUCACAGCCUGCCUCCCACUGAACUGUGGUACCCUGGGCGAGAUACUUAUACACAGAGGAGAAAAUUUUUUCCUUUUUUAGAAAUAAAUUAAAAAUCUUCAGUUUUCCUAGCUUUCAUAUUUCCAGACGUUGGAUUUUCUAGCCCCAGCCGGAGUGUGAUGACUCAGUGGAGGGCCCGCACUCUGGUGUGCUGCCUGGGGCUGCCCUCUCCCCGCGGGCCCUGGCAUGGGGGUCCAGAGCUCUUCCUGGACUUCUAAGACGAAACGUCAGACAUCCCACUCAAGGAUUCGCUCAGUCGGAAGUGAGAAAGCUAGGAUGGUGGUGAUGUGGCUUCCCAGGCAACGCCCUGAGGACCGGUGCUGCGCUGCAGGCCUCGGGCACACGUCACACAGAGGCAAGUGUGCAAGCCCUCACCUCCUUGUGCUGCUGCUUCGCCUGCACUCUGCCACUCCUGCCUUGGUUCCGAGGCCCGAGUUGGCGCAGUUUGUCCGCACUGGUAGAGACACGCAUGCUGUGCACACUGGGUGCCCUGGAGACCAACCCCGCGAGGCGUGUCCAGAUGACCGGCUUUUUGCUAUCUGAUUGAAGGCCCUGCUGAAUCACUUACUACCACCACGAGGGAGCUGCUGGAUGAUCGUGCUGGUUUUGCUGGGAGGAGACAGAGUGCCUCAGUGGUCAGGCCUGGGUGGCUUUCUUCAGGCCAGGCUUCUGCACACCUUGUUGGUAGGCCUUCCCCGACCUUCUCCCCCAACUCAGGGUAAUGAGGAGACUUGGGGUUCCGCACAGCAGCUCCAGCAGUGGCCAGGGUCAGCACGCACGGUGAUGGGCCGUGAUAGGCCGGGUGGCAGCAGUGCCCAGGGUCAGCACGCACGGUGAUGGGCCGUGAUAGGCCGGGUGGCAGCAGUGCCCAGGGUCAGCACGCACGGUGAUGGGCCGUGAUAGGCCGGGUGGCAGCAGUGCCCAGGGUCAGCACGCACGGUGAUGGGCCGUGAUAGGCUGGGUGGCAGCAGCAGUCUUCUGGCAGCCUUCCUACAUGAGCCUGGUCUGGCGGGCUCCGGCUGCAACCAGGACACGUGGCAUAGCGGGGGUGCUGGUACCCGCAUGUGGGUAAUGUCUUCCCUGCCUGGGGUGAAUUUGUUCCUGUUAUUGCAGAUAAGAAAUGGAGAGCUUGUUAUGUUGAUGCUCUUGCUGGAACCCUCCACUGUCCAGCCCACAGACAUCAGGCACUCCAUCCCUGCUCUUAGAGCCACCAAACUCCCAAUUAUUUCCCCUUGUCAGAAGUUAUUAGAAGUAUGCAGGCAGCGCUGGCUGAGAGUGACAUCUCCCGGCUUCUCCCAAACAGCCACGGAGGAUGUUAAUGCCGUAGCAUGUGGGUCAGACCUACUCGCGAGCAUGACAGGUUAAUUCGGUUAAAAGAGUGUUAAGGGUUCAUGAUUAAAUAUUAAAGUAUGCGCUGCUGUGAUUAUAAUGGUAUUGAAUGAGACACACUGCAGAGUGGGGCUUCCUGCAGCUUCUAAGGGGAACGCGGGGUGGCCUUAGGGGCGCCACCGGCUGCCAGGGAGCUCUGCUGGCCUCUGAACCCACGGGGACGUAUUUGAGAAUGGAUCCAAUUUUCUGAAGUGUUGCUGAGUUUCCCUUCCUUAAGGGUCAACGAGUUACUAACGUUCCUGCUGACAGUGCUACAGCAGGCAGUGGCUUGGCCCUGGCCACGGCUUCGAACCAGCGUUUCCCUGUCAGCUGCCAAAUCACUUGGUUGAGCCUCAGAGUACAGGCUGCCAGAUCGUAGCUGCAUCUGACCCCCGAGCCAGGACAGUUCAUCACGUUGCCACGGUGCCACAUGAGGCAAAGCUUCAUGCACGUUGUUGAAGGUUAGCAGGAGCCAGAGUGGGCACUUCCCCUGGCACCUGUGUCCAUUGUCCAAGGCCUCAGUUCACCUCCUGGCUCCGGCUUCCUGCCGUGUGAGAGGCAGUGGUGAUGGCCAAGCGGCGGGGACCUGGCCUGGGAGUAAGCCAGGAGAGACUGGGCUCCGCCCUGCACUCAGUACUGGCUUUAAGAAUGCAUAGUAAGAGCACAGGCAGUGCACACCUUCCCCCCCAGCCCUCCCCAACCGCUGUGAGUCCAGUGGCGCCAAGUGAAUCCGCGAGACCAGGGCAUGGCUCCGAGCCCCGCCUUUCCGCCUGGCUCUCAGAGGCCUCGAAUGGAGUUGCCAGGAAUGAAUGGUUGUUACGGUGACUGUUACUGGAGGUCAGGGCCCUCCUA